AUGAGGAAGCAAUCCAGUGGUGACAGUGAAAACCAGACCACCUGGCUGAUUCUAGUGGGCUUUUGGGAGUUGCAACACCUGGGCUUCCUGUCCUUCACCCUCUUUCUUGUCAUCUAUGUUGUGACAGUUGGAGGCAAUGUCCUCAUCAUGCUGGUUGUAGCCUCCAAUCGAACACUCCACACACCCAUGUACUUCUUCCUCUGCCACUUCUCCCUCCUAGAGAUCGGCUACAUCUCCAACAUUAUGCCUGGGCUGUUACAGAGUUUGCUGAAAGGAAAGGAAGUUAUCUCACUGGUCAGCUGCCUGAUCCAGUUCUACACAUUUGCCUCACUGGCUGCAGCUGAAUGCCUCUUGCUCUCAGUCAUGUCCUAUGACCGCUACUUGGCCAUCUGCCAUCCCCUUCACUACCCUGUUCUUAUGAGCACCUGGUUUUGUACCUGCCUGGCCGGUGGUGCCUGGGUCAGUGGUUUCUUCUUCUCUUCCUUUACUCUGGCCCUGGCAGCCCCUCUAUCCCUCUGUCCUGGCAGCAGGGAGAUCGACCACUACUUCUGUGACUUCAGUCCAGUUGUAGGACUGUUCUGUGGGAAUGUGAGGGUCAUGUGGGGAGCUGGAGUCAGCAUCUCAGGCUUCCUGACAGUGGCCCCCUUCCUGUUGAUUGUGACAUCCUAUGCCUUCAUCCUGAGGGCUGUGCUACAAAUACCUUCAGGCCAUGGGCGACAGAAAGCCUUCUCCACCUGUUCCUCCCACCUCAGUGUGGUUGGAGUGUUCUAUGGCACCCUCAUUGUAGUCUAUGUAGCCCCAACAAGCCACAUGGUCCCCUUGUUUCAAAAAGCCUUCUCUGUCCUCUACACUGUCCUCACUCCCAUGGUCAACCCCAUCAUCUAUAGCCUCAAGAACCAAGAGGUAAAAGGGGCUCUGCAUAGACUCUGGGGACAGCUCAUCCUAAGACACACACUCCUGAGAAGGACAAUUUCUUCCUCAUUUUCAGCUUAG